AGCCGGUGGACGCGGCAGUAGCGAUAGCGACGGGCGUUGCGGGCUAGUCUGCUCCUUGUCUGUGGGUCGUACUUCUUCGGCGGUGCUCCGGUGCUGACUGAUUGUAGGGCUGACGGCGCCAUGUCUGUGAGCGAGAUCUUCGUGGAGCUGCAGGGAUUUUUGGCUGCCGAGCAGGACAUCCGAGAGGAAAUACGAAAAGUUGUACAGUGUUUAGAACAAACUGCUCGAGAGAUUUUGACCCUACUUCAAGGAGUCCAUCAGGGCACUGGGUUUCAGGACAUUCCAAAGAGGUGCUUGAAAGCUCGAGAACAUUUCAGUACAGUAAAAACACAUCUAACGUCCCUGAAGACCAAGUUCCCUGCUGAACAGUAUUACAGGUUUCAUGAGCACUGGCGGUUUGUGCUUCAGCGACUGGUCUUCCUGGCAGCAUUUGUGGUGUAUUUGGAAACAGAGACCCUGGUGACCCGAGAGGCUGUUACAGAGAUUCUUGGCAUUGAACCAGAUCGGGAAAAAGGAUUUCAUCUGGAUGUUGAAGACUAUCUCUCAGGAGUUUUAAUUCUUGCCAGUGAACUGUCGAGGCUAUCUGUCAACAGUGUCACUGCUGGAGACUACUCUCGGCCCCUUCACAUCUCUACUUUCAUCAAUGAGCUGGAUUCAGGUUUUCGCCUUCUCAAUCUGAAAAACGACUCCCUGAGGAAGCGCUACGACGGCUUGAAGUAUGACGUGAAGAAAGUAGAGGAGGUGGUCUAUGACCUUUCCAUCCGAGGCUUCAAUAAGGAGACAGCAGCGGCUUGUGGUGAAAAAUAGGAGCUUUUUCCUGCGGCUGGCCUUGCUGGCUCUGCAGUUGCCAGGGAGGGCUAGCACAGUGCCUCUUCCUGUAGUUAGCACUCCAGUUGCUAAACACUGCGCUUUAUUUUCGUAACUAGCUUUGUGGUGUAGGUGUCAGAAUUGAAAUACUUUUUGGAUCUAAAAAGAAGAAAAGGAAAAAAAAACCUUCCAUAGAUGGUUUUUUUGUUGAAGUCUCAGUGAACUUGCUGUGUUGUUGUUGUAUUACCAUUUUGUCAACAGUGUAAAUGUUGGUCCCUUGGUAAAAGUCCUUUUCUUGCUUACCUGACUGUUGAUGUACUGAUUGACAGGUUUGUUGUCUUGUUUGUGAUUCUCCCACAAGUAAGCAGUGAUGUUUUCUAGGUCCAGAUUUGUCCUCCUUUCCCAGUUGUAGCCUGGAUACAGUGUGAGAAUAGAGUGGUUAACAAGGAAGGGAACUUUAUUUUCCCCAUCUUAUGUUAAGCCUUGUAAGUUAGUUGAUUUUUUUGCCUAGGAAAUUUGAGGCCCCGAUUCUCUCCCUGCUACCACAAUAGAGCAGAUGAAACUGUACAGUCCAACUUAAGGUUAAGGUAGAAAGAUACUCUGGUAAAGAGGUGUGGUGAUGUCUUGUGUUGGGUUAGAGCACCUGUUUUCUGAUGUCACCUUACAUCCUGUCUGCCGUAGCAGUUAGUCUUACACGUGUGCACUAUAUUUGCAAACUAUGAGACCUUUUCUCAGUAGCCAGCUAGAACUGGUUUGGGAGUAGAAAGCCAUCCUCAUGUAUUCAUUCACUAUCUGUACUGAGGAGUAUGUUCUUAGAGAAAUCAGUGCUGUUUGGUAUAGAGGAAAGUAAAAUUUGACUUUAAAAAAAAUUCAUGUGAUUGGCAGUAUUUUUUGGAAUAAGAAAUUGCAGGUUGUGAUCCUACCAGUACAUUUAAAAUAUAUAGUUUAGGGUAGUCACGUAAACUUUGUGGGCUCCUCUAUCACCUCUCCUUUCCAGAUAGCAUAAGAAUUCAUAUCUGGCCAUUCUUGGGCUGGAACUGAAAUUAUUAAAAUCCAGGCUGGUGAUGUAGGUUUUAGUGGUAGUCUUGCUUGGCAGGUGUGAGGCACUGGUCCAUCCUUAGCAUUUUAAAAAACCGAAGAAACCCAACAAAAUAGUGUGGGUUUUUUUUCGCACCUUCUGACAGGAAGCUGCUGGCAUUACCAGUGUAAUAGGAAGUAUUUAGGGGUGUCACCAUUUCUUGCUUGGUAGCAGUUUGGGCUUCAUGUUUGUGUAGUGGGAUAUUUGCCUGAAAGUACAGGCCUGUGCUCCCAGGUACACAGGAGGCUGAGGCAGGAGGUUGGCAAAUUCAAGACUUCAGGGGUAGCCUGGCCAAUUGAGUGAGAUCCUGUGACAAAAAAAAUCAGCCAAAAUACUGGGGGUAUGUUUCAGUGGCUGUUUUCCUCGAAUGUUUGAGGCUUUGGGUUCAACCCCUCAUUGUGCAGUGGGGUGGGGUGAGGCUGACUCUAGUUUCCCAUCUUGAGGGAUGAGCUGUGAUUGCUUUAUAUUGUUGGACAUGUAGACUAGCCUUCUUCAUGGUUCUUUUUGCAGGGUUAGAAUAAGGUAUUAGGUUACUUUUGCUAGUUUCCCCUUUGAGACAGAGUUUUGCUGAUAGUCCAGGCUGGCCUGGAACUCUAACCUCUGUUUCCAUUUCCUGAGUACAGGUUUAGGCUCUUGAAAGUGUCUGGGAAGGUAGAAGGCUUUUCAGCUGCAUGGUCAAUUAGAGACGGGAGGUUCCAUAGGCUCUUGCUUUGUUGCUUAAGUGUGUGUUCUGCUAGACAUCAUUAGGGCUCUUGCCAAAAGUUUCUUAUUUUCCUCUUUAGAGACAGGUCGUGAUGUCCCACCUACAGUGUUGUCUAGGCUAGUCUCAACCUCCUGGGCUCAAGCCCUCCUCUCGCCUCAGCCUGUGAAGCAGCUGGGACUCUAGGGCAGUGCCACUGUACAUAACUCUUUGAAAUUCAGUUUCAGAUGCAAUGAACAAAUUUCGAUUAAAAGUGAAGGAGUAUGUUUUAGUGUUGUGAUUCUACUUAAGAGUUUAGAAGUGUCAUGUUGAUAAUUAGUUGUGUUUGUUGCUGGCUUGUAAAGCAAUAAAACUGUUUUUGGUCUCUUUGUAAAGUAGUGUGCUGCUGUUUGAACUCUUCUCUAUGGAGAAUCAAUUGUUCAUGAUCUUGGAGGCUGAAGAAGCCUGGAGUGGUAAGCCUGAGCUGUUGUGUCAUGGUGACACCAACCAAGACACUAGCCACUCACAGGGCUUUAAUGUAAGUACAGAUAAUGUCUCUGUGAUCUACCUCCAUGAGGAAAUUAAAGGUGUUUGAAUUGAA